AUGUCUUCUGUUGUUUCAUCAAAAGAAGAUACAAUGUCAUCUGAAAAAGCAGAUGAGAAACAACCUGAAGCUGAAAAUAAAGCUGAAGAAAGUGAUGAAGAUGAAGAAGAGGAAGAAGAAGAGGAGGAAGAAAAGGAAAAGAGUCUCAUUGUUGAAGGAAAAAGGGAGAAAAAGAAGGUAGACCGGCUGACCAUGCAAGUGUCCUCAUUGCAAAAGGAACCUUUUACAAUUACACCAGGAAAAGGACAAAAACUCUGUGAAAUUGAAAGGAUACAAUUCUUUCUGAGUAAAAAGAAGACAGAUGAACUUAGGAACCUGCACAAACUCCUCUACAACAGGCCAGGCACUGUUGCUUCCCUAAAGAAGAAUGUGGGUCAGUUCAGUGGGUUCCCAUUUGAAAAAGGAAGUGACCAAUACAAAAAGAAGGAAGAAAUGUUAAAAAAAUUUAGAAAUGCCAUGUUGAAAAGUAUCUGUGAAGUUCUCGACUUGGAAAGAUCAGGAGUUAAUAGUGAGCUGGUAACCAGAAUCUUAAACUUCUUAAUGCACCCAAAAUCUUCAGGCAAGCCAUUGCCAAAGUCCAAAAAAACACCAAGCAAAGGUGGCAAAAAGGAACGCAGCAGCACUGGAACAACAAGAAAAGCGAAACACACCAAGUGCCCAGAGAUAUUGUCAGAUGAAUCCAGUAGUGAAGAAGAUGAAAAGAAGGAAAAGGAUGACUCUUCAGAAGACAAAGAAAGUGAAGAUGAGCCCCCUAGAAAAGCCUCUAAAAGAGAAAAGUCUAAAAAGAUGACUUCCAAAACGAGGAAAGCUGUGAAGGGUGCAAAUGUCAAGAAGGCAGAUAGCAGCACUACUAAAAAAAAUCAGAACAGUUCUAGAAAAGAAACUGAGUCUGAGGAUAGUUCAGAUGAUGAACCUUUAAUUAAAAAGCUGAAGAAACCACCCACAGAUGAAGAGAUUAAGGAAACUGUCAAGAACUUGUUGGCCAAUGCAAACUUGGAGGAGGUCACAAUGAAACAAAUUUGCAAGGAGGUGUAUGAAAAAUAUCCUAGUUAUGAUUUAACUGACAGGAAGGACUUCAUUAAAAAAACAGUCAAAGAGUUGAUUUCAUGAUCUGAUUUGACUGCGGGGAAGCGAAGAUUCCUGGUUUUAUGUUCCCAUGGAUUUGAAGAUCUGAUAGGCACCAGCAAAAGGAAUGUGUCUUACUCUUGUAUUUACUCGGAGCUGAUUCUGCUGACCUAAUGUUAGAGUAUUGAUGUAAAUGGCUUUGUGUAUUUUUAUUUUUA